AUGGAUACCGGUAUGACCAAGAAGUUAGCAUCCAGCGCUGUUAUAGGAGGAGCAGUCCUUCCAAUUCUCGCUCAAGUUCUCGUUGUCAUCGCGGGGUUUAAAGCACCAGGCAUUGUUGCCGGAACACUUGCUGCUAAAUUCAUGGCGAGCUACGGGGGUUCGGUUGGAGCGUACAGCCUCUGCGCGAUCGCACAGAGCAUCGGAGCUGCUGGUCUUGGCGUAUUCGGCACGGCGCUAAGUGCCGGUGUAGGCAGCCUUGUUACUGUGCUCGGCGCCCUCAAAAGUUUUUCGCCCGAGAACUCGCAAACCAAGUAUAUCAUCCUGCUAGCUUCGCCCUCAUUAGAUGAAUGUGAACUAAUGCCAAAAGAUGCCGUGAAAUCUUGCGAUAUGUCGGAUUCUACUCGAUCUGACGCGUCCAAUAUCUACCGCAUGAUUAUGGUUCACGAGAUUGCCUCAAAAACUCCAGCCUACCAACUUUAUCUUCGCGAUGAGUCAAAGAAAGACCUCUACAUCAACACUGAGGCCAAAAUGGUUUCCUUGAAAGUACUGGCUGCGAACCAAUUUUCUCCGCAAACUUCAGUCGACCACCCCAGGCUUGUGAUCUUGCGGAUGCAAGCGGAUCCUGCCCUUCGCAAUUUCGGCACUCCUUCUCUUCCACAUUCGGACGCCAAAGGCCAAAUUGGACCUAGAUGA